UACAUUAAUAUACAUGAUAGUGAUUAAACAUUUAGGCAAACUUAGUGAGUGAAUGAAUGAGUGUAUGAGUGGUAGUGGUGGUGGUGGUGGUGGUACGUUGACUCUGUUUAGUUGACUAUGAACGGGACUGUUAAACUCCAACGCAUUUAAUAAAAGGGAGAUGCUUAAUAGAGAAAUGACUUAUUUCCAGGCGAAAGAGUCCAGUAAACGUGUAGGUAGUACAUUGUCGAAAGAAAAAUUGUCGUGUGCUUGUGCAUACAAAAAACCAUCAGGGGAAUAUCACAAAGUACCAUGGGUGGAUAGCAGUGAAUCUGUUUAUGUACAAUCAUGCAACAUAGGUCCCAGAGAUGUUGUUCCUUGUAUUGUUGCUGGUACACAUUUAGUGAACAAGGAGGAAAGACUUCUUUGUCCUAUGUUAUGGGGUAUGAUACCACCUUGGCAUAAGGGUGAUUACAAGAAACACACAGCUUCUACUCAUAACAGUCGUCUGGACAGAAUUUUAGAAUCUAAACUUUACUCAACACCAUUGCGAAAAGGAUUCAAAUGCAUUGUACUCUUUGAUGGAUUUUAUGAAUGGAAAGCUGGCAUUAACAAAUCACCUAAACAACCAUAUUAUAUUCACGCUAAACAAGAAUCAGGAAUAAAUCCUGAUGAUCCUACAACAUGGCCUGACAAAUGGUCCCCAGAAUCUGGUUGGGAAGGAUACAAACCUUUAAAAAUGGCUGGAAUAUUUAAUGCUUUUCAAACUGAUGAAGGAAAAAUUGUAUACAGUUGUUCAGUACUUACUAAAGAAUCAAAUAACGUUUUGUCAUGGUUGCAUGAUCGUACGCCAAUUUUUCUAGACGAUGAACAAUGUCGAUUAUGGUUGGAUUUAAAAGUAUCGCCGGAAAAGGCUAUAGAAAUGUUGAAGAUGCAAGAAUUAACAGACAACAUAUUAAGUUGGUAUACAGUUUCUACGCUCGUAAACAACGUUUCUCAUAAAGAUGCAAAAUGUAGAGAGAAAAUAGAAGUGAAGGAGAAGCAAAAGAAUAGCUCUGCUGUUUUUAUGGCUUCCUGGCUGAAAAAAGAGUCUGGUGGAAAAUCUAAUAGUGGCAACGAUUCAACUAACAGCGAUUCUAGCAAAGACGAGAUAAAUGAAGAUGAGCAAACAUUUUAUCAGAAACGUAUAUUUCUGAGAAGACAAACAAUUCUCUGUUAGUAUGUACUUAACAAGGCAAAGAAAUAAUUUCAGAGGAUUGCUUGUGAAUUCCCCAUCAACAGGAAGAUCCCAUUACCAUACGGAUAAUUUUGUUUGAUUUUCAAUUAAAUUAUACUCACGAUAAUAAUUAUUUAGUUUGUUGCAAUAGAUGAUGCACAUUCAUUUCCAAAUAUAUCUUCUUUUAAUAUAUUUAUAAUAAGAAACGAUCGAAUGAUUAUAUUGACGUUAAUUUCCGCGUAACGAUCAAAUAAUACAUUAAGACGAAAUAAAUAAAAGUAAUAAACGUUUCCAAGUAAAACUACUAUAUCAUUGCCUUUGAAUGAAUCAAUAUGACAUUAUUAGAAGAAAAAACAAAACAAAAGUAAUAAAAGUUUCUAAGAAAAACUCAGACAUAUCAAUGACAUAAAAAAAGUUCCAUUUAAAUUAGUUCUCAAUGAUUUCGUAAUUCGAAAUUACGCGCCUUGCCGAGUGAUUGGUCAAAUCAAAAUUAGCGCGGGGAAUACGAAGUUGUCA